GGGACUCCAGCUCACUGAGGUGCAGCUUAUGUAUGUUUCUAACAGAUGCGACUCCAUCUUUGUCAACGGCAAGGAAAUGAAAAGCAAAGUGGAUACUAUAGUUAACUUCACUUACGAGCAUUUUACCACCCAACUAGAAGUGACUGUCUGGGUUCCCCGGCUUCCCCUGCAGAUUGAGAUCUCUGAUACAGAGCUUAGCCAGAUCAAAGGCUGGAGGAUACCAGUCACCUCCAAUAAAAGGCCUACCCGUGACAGUGAGGAUGAAGAAGAUGACGAGAAAAAGGGAAGAGGCUGCACUCUUCAGUAUCAGCAUGCCAUGGUGCGAGUCCUCACACAGUUUGUAGCUGAAUCCUCUGAUUUUGGAGGCCACUUGACCUAUAUGCUAGGUUCUGAGUGGCAGUUUGACAUCACUGACCUUGUGGCUGAUUUCAUGAAGGUAGAAGAACCCAAAAUUGCUAAGCUUCAAGACGGCCAAGUUCUGGUUGGUCGUGAGCAUGGCAUCACCACGGUCCAGGUUCUGUCCCCUCUUUCUGAUUCCAUCUUGGCUGAGAAGACAGUGAUAGUCCUCGAUGACCGUGUAACUAUUACGGAUCUAGGAGUCCAGCUAGUUUCAGGCUUGUCYGUCUCUUUGCAAACUAGCAAAGGAAACAAGAGAGCUAUCGUUUCUACCACUUCGGCUUAUGAUAUCCUUCAUACUCCAAAACAGGAAGCCAUAGUCAGUGCUUGGGUUUUGUUCAGCGAUGGAGCAGUGACACCUUUAGAUAUUUAUGACUCGAAGGAUUUCUCAAUCACCAUAACUUCACUGGAUGAGAUGGUAGUGUCUACGCACCAAAACCUUCAGUCAAAAUGGCCUAGUGUGGUAGCAGAAGGGGAUGGGCAAGGACCUCUGAUUAAAAUUGAAAUGGUCAUCAGCGAGCCAUGUCAAAAGACCAAGAGAAAGAGCAUCCUGGCGGUUGGAAAAGGAAAUGUCAAAGUGAAGUUUGGUCAAAAAGAUUCUGACCACAAAGGAAGUACCAAUGAUAUUGAUGAAGUGGAUAGAGACUUUAAAAGCCAUGCAAGCAAUUCUAUAGAGAAGCCUGCAGAACAAGAGAGGACAAUACAAGAAUGGUCUAAAAAUGGAGCACUUGGUGCUUAUGAGGACAAUGUAAACAAAAGCACAACUGACAAAUCUCCUGUUGAGCAGGAGUCACUGGAGGAUGACCAGCUCCAAAAUAAUCCAACUGCCUUCACAGGUUUCCCAACACAAGUAGAACUACCAGAGCAAAACAAUCCCAGUGAUCUUACAUUGACUUCAAGAGGAUUAACAGAUUUGGAGAUUGGCAUGUAUGCCCUGCUCUGUGUCUUCUGCUUAGCAAUCUUGGUCUUUUUGAUUAACUGUGUGGCUUUUGCUUGGAAGUACAGGCAUAAAAGGUUUGCAGUGAGUGAGCAAGGCAACAUCCCCCAUUCCCAUGACUGGGUCUGGCUUGGAAAUGAGGUGGAGCUGCUGGAAAACCCAGUUGACAUUUCGCUCCCCUCAGAGGAGUGCACAACCAUGAUUGACAGAGGAAUGCAGUUUGAAGAAAGCAACUUUCUUCUUAAUGGAAGUUCUCAGAAGACUCUUCACAAUCAUAUUCUCAGAUCUUCUGAGUACGUUUGUGAAAAGGAAGUUAAAAGUGAACCUAUAAAUUCUGGGCCAAAGCAGAAGCGUGUAAAGUUCACUUCAUAUACAACAAUACUGCCAGAGGAUGGAGGUCCCUAUACCAACUCAAUUUUAUUUGACAGUGACGAUAAUAUUAAAUGGGUAUGCCAAGAUAUGAAUCUUGGUGACUCCAAGGAACUUAGGGACUAUAUGGAAAGACUGCAAGACAAUAUGUAAAACUACUUUCUUAUGUUUGUAAUCACCUUUAUGCCUUCUGUUUACGGAUGGUGGAACGGUCAGUCCAGUCAGCAAUAGGAACAAGGAAGUCCACCUUCGAAUUACUGAGAUAACCUGAUAUCGCUGAGCAGGUACAAGAGGCUGGCUGAGUUCAACUUGUUUCACCAUAAACCAGGAUGUGCCCCUAAAACAGCUACCUGUACGUGUUGGAGRUGUCGCACGAUGGCUGUUUUUGUAUACUGCCUGGUACUGGCAAAAUGCUAAUACAGCUACGCUCAGACUCAGAGGACACUUCAUUUGUUUAUCUCUCAUGACAAAUGGUAAAUAAGAGAGGGAUCUUUGCAUUGAUUUUUCUAGUCGUCGUCCUUUGUAAAGCACAGUGGACAUUUCUUGCUUACAGCCUGAAACACGGCUUACGUUAAAAGGGAUCUGAAUGAAUCUAAUUUUAUUGCUUAUGCGCAAUACAGCCAAGUAGUCUUACUAUUUUUUUACACAUAUAAAAGUCCCCGUGUGGUUCUUCAUAUUGUCUAUGAAUUUUAUUUGACUUCUGGAACACUAGCUAUUUUCUUUGAAGAUUUUUUUUUUUGGUUGUACCAAAGUGUAGUACAGUAAUAUUUAUAAUGAUUCAAGUUUUCUAUUCAUGAACAUCAGCCCACAGAGAUACCUCCCUCAUCUCUUACUAUCUUUCUCCUUUCCAUAUGGGUCUUUAAUAUUUGAAACAUAGAAACAUAUUAGAAGUCUAACUGAAAAAAGGGUUGUCUCCUUUUAUAGGGAACUGUAAAUACAAUAAUAAACUCUGGAAGAUAAAAAWCAAGGCGUAGCCUUGGGUUUACUUUUGUCAUUGGUGAUCUGAAAAGGUAACCUGCAAGAAAACAGCAUGUAUUUCGGAGAAAAAUGCUUUUGCUGAAACAGCAACUUGAUUGGUGAAAGUUAUUAGACCGAGAAAUUCAAAUGUGUUAUUGAAAUGCAGAGAAUAGGAAGGAAAUUUCCUGUAAAAGACCUGGAAUCGGUAUUACCCCGUACUAAUAAAAUAAUGCAUCGAUGGAGUACAACAGAAGUCCAUAUGUAAGGGCUAGCACCCCAGAUCUUGGCUAAAACAUCCCUGACCAUAAGGCUACUUGCUGAAAUGAUCUUUAUGUUGUAUUUCAUUAAAAAGGAAGAAAAGACAACACACUGGACACGUUAAUAAGUGACUAUUCCCAAAUUUAACAAAAACAACAUUAUGCUGGAGAUUCAAAGCUGCUAUUUCRUGUACAUUGUAUGUAUUGUCACAUUGAAUGAUGACUGAAAUAUGUUGAAAAUUCCAGUUAGAAAAAAAGUGAAUCUACAAAACUCUUAACAAAACUGAUAUUGUACAUAUUCUUGGGGUGGAUCCUGUGAAAUAAACACACGAUCCAAACUACAACUGCCUUACAUAUCCUGCUUACCAACUUUAAGGUGGAUCAAAAUCAGAUUUGAAUUUUACAACCCAGUUUUGAUUUUAGAACAGGCCAGACAGCCAAUACCGUGGGAAAUUUGAAUCCUGAUUCAAAACUGGGAACACCUUUAGUAUAAUUACUAGGUUAUAAUUUUGAUGGUGACACUACAAAGGGCAAUGAGAAUGUCAGGCAUACACGAGUGAUUAGAGACUUACGUUUGCUGCCACUGAACUGCAUAAUAAAAGAUGGCAUAUACUGUAAUCCAGUCUUAAGUAGGUCAAAUAACUGACCAAAAAGAUGCUUCCAUUUGAAAAGGGACAUACUGUUUGCAGCUCAAAUGAAAUCUCAGGAUGUUUAACAAACAUUCUCACCUUUUCUUCAUAAGGAAAUAAUAAUUUCAUACUACAAUCCUGAGUAUUAAACCUGAGCAGAAAAAGCCUCGUUUAAAAUUUGGCAUCUCUUCCCCCUGCGCUAGUUUGUAUUUGGCCCAAGCCUAAACCAAGUGGAUUGCUUGCACUGCUAGUGGUGAACCUGAGC